AUGAGUAAAACUAUACCUACUAGCAUAAUUGUUAAGCUCUGCCUGUACUAUCCCGUUCCACCCAGCGUGAAAGCCGGCAAUCAGUUGGUGGCAGCUCCGGUCGAAAGUCACGUCAUGUUGCAGUGCACCGUGGAAUCAUUCCCAACGCCGCUCAAUGGGUGGUACAAAAACGAUGGAAUCAAACUGUACGAGGGCGAAAAGUACGUCGUCACCGAGGAAAAACUGAACGCCUUUACCUGGCAGCUUAAUUUAACGGUGAAAAAUCUCCAGAAAACAGAUUUCGGAGCGUACGCAUGUUCCAGUAUUAACGCUCUGGGGAAGGCCGACGCCCGGAUACGAUUACAAGAACUUCGAUUGCCGCCGAAACCGACAACUACCCCGACACCGUACGUGCCGCCAACGCAGAAGCAGCCCCGCCGGAAGCAGCAUCAUCAGAGCCACGGUAAGGCAAGUCACGAUGGCAACGGAAAAAGUGGUUUGGGCGGUGGCUUCAACCGAGACAGCUACAUCAUCAAUCACAUCCAGGAGAACGACCUGCUCGGCGGGUUCGGAUCGGACGUGCCCCCCCGAGGAGGUCCCGGAGCGAACGGCGGUGGUCUCGGUGGCUACGGUUCCGGUGCGGGUGUGUACGGUGGCACCGGAAGCAGCAACAGCGGCGGAACUGGCCCCAGCGGAAGCAGCCUGGAGAAGGCACGCAACACCCAAAUGCCUGCGUCCAUCCCGUCGCGGCAGCCACCCCACUGGAUACGAAACAGCGGUUCGGCAUCGUGCAGCCGGGGCCCGUUCGGGUUCGGUGCGGGCUGGCUCGACGGAUCACUGCUGUUGCCACCCCAGCGAAGGGGGUUGGCGGCAGCCUUCGUAAGCUGUUGUUUACUGAUGAUUUAUAGCCUGUUGAUGUUGCUGACAUUUACAUGAAAUUAUGUCUAUGGGUGUUAUCACUACUGUUAGGAUGCGUGUGCAUAUUAUCAUCAUUAUAAAUACAUCUAUAUCGGAGGGCAUAUAUCGGAGGGGCUGAUCGGUUUCGCCGUGGAUGAGCGGGAUAACAAUCGGAGUGCGCUUGGAUGGAUCAAAUUUUAUGCGCGAGAUGAGUUUUGUAAUUAAAUCUGUUUCAUCUUCGAAUCUGUUUCAUCUUUUCUCAGGCUUCAGUUAAAGAACUGAUAUUUUAGGAAAGGAUUAUUGUUAGAUGAAAAAUAGCUUAGAUGAAAAAUAGUUUAUAUUAGUUUAUAACAGAUACUACAUGACGAAUUCCAGUGAAAUGUCUCGUGCGCGCAUACUUCUAGCGCUAUGAUAUGUCUAAUAGUAUAUUUUACACUUUUCUUUUAAA